AUAUUUGGCGAAGUACUACAACCCCGCAUAUACGACGCGCAGAAACCACCUAGCAACAUGGUACCUUGACACAGCAACUAGAGAAGAUACAAUCAGCUCCGGAUCUCAACAUGCUACCACAUCAGUGUUUGGAUCACUUGAUUCUUUUUGUGCCCGCAGACCCGCAGACUCUACUCCCCUGUGUUCCCUCGUACUUGUCAGAGAAUUUCACUCUGACUCCUGGCGGUUUCCAUGCCGACGGUGCAACCUCUAAUGUUCUGAUCAUCCUCUCGGACGGCUGCUACAUCGAGCUCAUCUCCUUUGUUCCCACUGCCCCGGCGUCACUCGUGUCCAGCCACUGGUGGGGUCCUUCUUCUACAUUUGUUGGCUGGAAAGAUUGGUGUCUGACCAACAGUCUGCCUCCAUCCCAGAACUACGAUGACGUGAGGGAAAGCCAUGGGGAGCCGAUUCAUGGAGGGAGGAAGAGGGCAGACGGUGUGCAAGUCAAGUGGAGUGUCACGUUUCCGAGAGGAGACAAGGGCGGGCAAGACGUAAGGGGACGGAUACCGUUUUUCUGCCACGACGAGACGGAAAGGAGUGUGAGAGUGCCGAUGGAUGAGGAGAAGACGAAGCAUGCAUGUAGGGCAAUGGGGAUCAAAGAGCUGACGGUCAUCGUGAAGGAUCAAGAUUUGCUGGAGGAGACAAGAAAAGUGUACCGAGCCAUCAUUGGCGAUGAAGGCCAGAAAGAGAAAUGCAUAUCAAGGUUUAGACUUGGCCGUGUACAGGGCGUGGCAGGGCUCAAGGAGGGCGCAGAAGUCGUGCUGCGGCUCCCGAGAAACGAAGAGGAAGAAGCGCGUGUUGCAGAAGGAGGAUUCUGGUAUGGCGACGUUGUCCUUUACAGAGUGGCGGAGCGUGGUGACAUGGAAAAGAUAAGAAAAAGAAUGGAUACCAAGGACGAGGACGAGGAAGUGGGCGGGUUGUGGUUAGAGGAAGUGGUAGGGCUGUGAGUUUGUGGCAGUAUAGCAAACAUAGGGGGGCCUUUAGUUGUGCGCCGUGUUUAUGUGAUUUGUUUUUCUGUGGUCCUGACUUGCUCGUGGAUGUGUCAAUGGCUGUUUUUUGUGGUCAAGUAGUCUGAAGGCGUGGACACGGGACACGGAUAGGAAGGCAGUGGUGCUUCGGGCGAGAACACCGUAGCCAAUCACAGGACAGCCACACAUAGA